AGAGAGGAAGAAAAAGAUUGUAAAAACUAACCAAAAGAAGAGUUUAUGAAAUGCAAUGAAAGAGAGAAGAGAUUUGAAGAAACAUAAAAAAUAAAAAAUAAAAAAUAAAAGUUUGUAUGUUGAUGCCUUCUCUUUUACUGUAAUUGUAAUGUGAAUGAUGUCACUGCCCAUUACCUACCACUGAUAAUUCAAUGCUUUCUUCUUAACCCCACAACACCAUACAACAUCAUCAUUUUCUUCUUCUCAGAAUUUCAUGUGCCUCUUGUGUUCUCCAUUUCCCUCCAACUACUCAAAAUAUAGCUAAAAAUAGUAACUUUUUUGAGGUGUGUGUUUAAAGUUCAAUUUUUGAGGUUGAAUAUAGGUACCCUUUUGAGUAUUUGAGAAAACCCAGAAACCAUAAUCUCACAUUGCUAUGGUUUUUGAAGAUGGGUCUCAACUUGGGGUGUUCUAAGGGAUUCAUUUACGAGAGGUUUUUUAGAGUGUAAGAGAUCUAGUUUUGAAGUAGUUGUUUAAGAGUUUGUAAAAGAGGUGGAAAGAAAAUUUUGAAGGAUUUUUGGUUGUGGAAAUUAAGAUUUAUUCGGCUGUAGCAAAAUGGCGUCCGAUCUAAAUUCAGGGUUAUCGAAGAAAACAUUUGUUUUUGGAUUGAAAGUUUGGGUAUUAAUGGGAAUAAUGGUUGGUUUAUUCAUUAUAAUCAUUCUGAUUGUGCUAUCAAUAUGUCUUACUUUAAGAAAGAAAUCCAGAAAAAGCAGUGGCAUGUUUCCUCUUAGUCAUAUUCUAUCCAUUUCACAAGAGAUCAAAGAAAUUAGCAUCGAUCAAGCUUCAUCGAAUAGUUAUAUGCACAACGGCGGUUUUAUGAGCUUGAACGACAAGUUUAGUGAUGAUGAUUCCGGAAAAGUUUUGAUCCAAACAAAGAAUGGUGAUAACAGUAGUCAAUCAGGCUCAUUAAAUAAUUUAGAGAAAGAUGCUAAUGGAUCUCAAUCGGGCGAAGAUAGCGGUGUUCGGAGUGUUUCUGUUUACAGGUCUUCGUCACAUCAUCCUAUAUCUGCUCCGUCACCGUUGUCUGGUCUGCCUGAAUUCUCUCACCUUGGAUGGGGCCAUUGGUUUACAUUAAGGGACCUGGAAUUUGCAACGAACCGGUUUUCGAAGGACAAUAUUAUCGGUGAAGGUGGAUAUGGAGUUGUCUAUGGAGGCCAACUUAUUAACGGGAAUCCUGUGGCCAUUAAGAAACUCCUAAAUAAUUUAGGACAAGCUGAAAAGGAAUUUAGAGUGGAAGUUGAGGCUAUUGGUCAUGUUCGGCAUAAGAACUUGGUUCGACUUUUGGGCUUUUGCAUUGAAGGCACUCACAGGUUAUUGAUUUAUGAGUAUGUUAACAAUGGCAACUUAGAGCAGUGGCUUCACGGAGCCAUGCGGCAGCAUGGCUAUCUUACUUGGGAAGCUCGGAUGAAAAUUCUCCUUGGAACAGCCAAAGCGCUGGCUUACUUGCACGAGGCGAUCGAGCCAAAAAUUGUACAUCGAGAUAUUAAGUCUAGCAAUAUUCUAAUCGAUGAUAGCUUUAAUGCUAAAAUAUCCGACUUUGGUCUUGCUAAGUUACUAGGUGCUGGAAAGAGUCACAUUACAACUAGAGUAAUGGGUACUUUUGGAUAUGUUGCGCCGGAAUAUGCCAAUUCUGGUUUGUUAAAUGAGAAGAGUGAUGUUUACAGCUUUGGUGUAUUGCUUCUUGAAGCAAUUACAGGAAGAGAUCCGGUGGAUUAUAGCCGACCAGCAGCCGAGGUAAAUUUGGUAGACUGGCUCAAGAUGAUGGUAGGGUUUAGGCGCUCAGAAGAGGUGUUGGACCCCAACAUUGAGACUAGGCCUUCGACAAGUGCCCUUAAACGAGCCCUUUUAACUGCAUUGAGGUGUGUUGAUCCGGAUUCUGAGAAAAGACCAAAGAUGAGCCAAGUUGUUCGCAUGCUUGAAUCAGACGAAUAUCCUAUACCUCGAGAGGAUCGAAGACGGCGAAGGAGUCAAGCAGGAAACAAUGAGGUAGAAAGCCAGAAGGAGACUUCUGAUACAGAUAAGAGUGACAAUACUGAUUAUAAAUUAAAUGGCAGAAGGAACCAACACAUGUAGAGAUGGUGGUCUCCAAGAUAAGGAACAAAAGUGAAGUUGCAUGUUUUGCAUUCUUUUGAGCUUCUGUAAGUUCCGUAUUAUAUCACAAGAGAUGGAGCAAGAAGCAGUUACUUUUGGAUGGUUUAUAAUAUAGACAAAUUCUAAGGUGGACCGAUGCUUAAAAAUUGUUCAAAACUCCAACAAAAAUAGACGUCUCAUGGAAGUAGAAGUUUAUGAUUCUCCUCGUUCUGAGGACUGAGAAAGUAGCUUGAUUGAUGUCUGUUCAAUAAAAACAUGAAAAAACAAAUGUGUCCCUCAAAUUGAAUUCAUUGAACCGAAACCAAUUAAAUGACUGUCUCAGACAUAAGACUGAGGAGGGCGUGACUUUUACUUUUGAGGAGUGUCUCCGAUCAUUGUUAGAAUUUUAGGUGAUUUUUAAGUAUUGGUUUACUUCUGAAGAACUCACCUUAUCAUAUAUAUAUAUAUAUAGCUAUUUGUUGUUAUAACUUAGGUGUAGAUGUUAGAAUUGUAUAGUUUCAUUACUAUUCUUUUGUAUUUUCAUUUGUUUCAUCAUUAUUACAUUAAGAGACUAUCCUUGCUCUAUGGAAGAUCAGAAAAGAUCUAUAUAAUUCCACUGAAUAAUGUUUUUUCUUCA